AUGAGCUCUCGCGCCGCCCUUGCUUCCCCGGUCCCUGUGCCUGUGGCCUCGCCCGCGGCCUCGCCCGAUCUGCACAGCACAAACGGGGAUCGGAGAAGGAACAUGCCCGCCGCCGUCCCUCCCCGGACAUCAAGCUCCCGACGCGUACAACCGAACGAGCGACCGACCGACUCUCCCCGCCGAACCCACGCCGACUCCAACCGCGAUGCGAACGGGAGGAUAGACCAGUCGGACCACAGCUCCCGCAGCCGACGGGCCAACCAGCCAUCCCAGGACCAACAACUGGCGAAUGGCUCCCGUGACGCUCGCGGAAAUCCAUCGACGACCGCCCCCGUCCGCUCACCGCCUCCUAACUCCAAUUCAAUCAGUGGGCCGUCAAGGGAGGCUAGCGAAAUUCUAAACAGCAUAUUGGUCUCGCAGCCCGAGAUCGACAUCGACCGGGAAAGGGAGCGCCAAGCCAUGAGUCAACCACAUCAGGCCGCGGCCCUGCAAGACGAUGAAGCAGCGCCACCCCCGGUGGUAGCCAUGUCAGACGCUGCCGAGGAGGCCCGGCGUGGAGGGAGGAGUCGGCACGAUCACUCGAGGAGAGAGAAGCAAACCAAGUUUGGCGAGUACAUUUUGGGCAACACAAUUGGCGAAGGUGAAUUUGGGAAAGUCAAACUUGGCUGGAAGCAAGAAGGUGGCGUACAGGUCGCCAUCAAGCUCAUCAAGAAGGACCAACUUGGGGGUAACCCGUCGCGCAUGGCCAAGAUUAUGCGCGAAGUGGCCAUUCUGAAGCAGCUAACGCACCCCAACAUUGUGAAGUUGCACAAGAUGGAGGAGUCAGAGAGGCACUAUGGCAUCGUACUCGAAUACGCUUCUGGCGGCGAGCUGUUCGACUAUAUCCUGAACCACCGGUAUCUCAAGGACAAUGCUGCCCGACGUUUAUUCGCCCAGCUGGUUUCCGGAGUUGGGUAUCUGCACAAGAAGGGGAUCGUGCAUCGCGAUUUGAAGUUGGAGAAUCUCCUGCUCGAUCGCCACAAAAACAUCAUCAUAACCGAUUUCGGCUUCGCCAACACGUUCGACCCUAACGACGAGCUCAGUGAAGAGGAGGAACUGAACCUGACCGAUCGCGAGUUUGUCAAGCGCAUGGGGUUGGACAAGGUCAAGCCGAACGGGUCCCGCAAAGGCGAUCUGAUGCAGACGAGCUGCGGCAGCCCCUGCUACGCAGCACCAGAGCUCGUAGUUAGCGACUCGCUGUACACCGGGAGGAAGGUGGACGUCUGGAGCUGUGGUGUUAUCUUGUACGCCAUGUUGGCUGGUUAUCUUCCGUUCGACGACGACCCGGCAAAUCCAGAAGGGGACAACAUCAACCUGCUCUACAAGUACAUUGUCAACACCCCUCUUACCUUUCCCGAAUAUGUCACCCCUCAUGCGCGAGAUCUGCUACGGCGAAUCCUCGUUCCGAACCCCCGCAAGAGAGCAGACCUGUUCGAAGUCGCCCGCCAUAGCUGGCUAAGCGAAUAUGCACAUGUCGUCGAGUUUAUCACCUCGAGCACAACGAGUCCGAAAGACAUACAGAACACAACCGUGCCGCCAGAAGACGAGGAGAACCCCACCCUCAUGCGCAGCGCGUCAGUGAGGGAGUCGUCAAAGAAGACGGCCGUCUCACCCCCAAUUGGUGGCUUGGUAAGCAAGCAGGGCACCAUUGACACCGACGCAGAGGCUGCUGCAUAUGCCAAGCAGCAGCGAGAGAACAAGCGGCGUACCGUGCAGGUGGAAUAUGUUGCGCCAAAUACGACCACACAACGUGGCGAGCCUUCAGGGACACAGUCCAGCAGCCGGAUGCGUGCCCGCUCAGGCAGUCAAGGAGCGGCCGAAGCUCCCGAGACUGGUGUGUCGUCGUCACCGAAGCAUCAGCCAUUACCCAGGGAUCCUUCAGCCGCCUCAGAUGCGUAUGGCAAUACGCCGGUGGCUUCAAGGAGACCGCCAAGCUCUCAUCACAACCAGGGUUUAUCCGCCGCGGCUGUGCGGGGUGGGCGCGAAGCAACUUUUUCGACGGUCCCGAGCUCCUCUGCUGUGAGACCCCCAACCGGUGGGUCUAUGCAAUCCACCGCUUCCAGCCGGCCCCCAGCUGGAGGCAACAGAGGUUCAUACAGCCAGCCUGUGCCUCCUGAGCUUGCAGAUACCAAUGCGCACGGGAGGAUUCAGCAGCCACCCCGGGCAGGCAGCAGCUAUGGUAUUCCCGCAUCCGCAUCGCAACCCCAAAGCCAGGAGUAUGGUGGCCGGCCCAGCAUGAGCGUGCCGCCCAAGUUCGCCAGGCUCUCUGGCUUCGCGCAUGAGACGCCCGGCGCUGGAACGAGCGGCGCCCACGGUGGGGAAGUCAAGGGCCACAAACGAUCCAGCACAAUGGGCUCGCUUUUCGGUCGCAGCGGGUCGCUUUUUGGCGGUAGGAGCCGCAAACGGGCAGAGCAGCAACCGGCCGGAGACAAGAGCAAGAAAUACCCGCCCGUGAGCAUGAACAACAAUCCGCUGUCGGGGGCCGACGAAGCACGGCCGUCGAUGGAUUCAAAGCGCUCGCGGAGGUCUUUCUCGAUCGGUAUCGGCAAGAAGGCGUCGGGAAGCAUCGCCGGUUCGCAGAAGUCGCAAGAAAAACAGGGCCGCCGCUUCUCGUUUAUCCCGGCUCCCUUCUCGCUCAAGGCGAUCGGUAUCGGCAAGGAUGAGCCCUCGCCGCAGCUUGACUCGCAACAAGACUUGCCUAUUCAGGAGCCUCCAACAGUCGACCAGUAUGGACGCUACGUGAGUCAAGACGCGGGCCGAGAGCAGCAGGUGGAGCGAGAAGUGGAUGCAUCUACCCUGGACGGUAUGUACGCGCAGCUACAUGAGCCGCCAACGUCGACAGACCCCUACGGCCGUCACCACCACCAGUACUCUUCCAACGGGUACGGGCAUCCUUCGGCUAGCCAAGGAUACAUGCCUUCGGCGAUGUUGAGCGGCUCGGACGCGUCGGUGGACAACAGCAACAUGCGCCGCCCUCCCGGCUCCGCGCCGCAACUGGUGCAGCAGGCUCCCACCGCCACGCAGGACGCGGCGGGUUACGACGGGCGCAGGGUCGCUAGCGGCGCCAAUGCCAACAAUAGGCCCGCCCCCGCCCGUACGGGCGUCCUGCAGAAGAAUAAGCGGUUCGUCGAUGCGUGGGACACGGACUCGUACUCGCGCGGGCAUGAUCACUCCGGGAGUAGCGGUCCGGCGAGGAAAGUUAUGGAUUUUUUUAGGAGGAGAGGGAAGGCUAGGGGCGGGGAGACGGGUUGA